AUGUUUGGCCAGCUUCGCUCUGUUCAGAGUCAGAUGUCAGUGGAGGCCUUCUGCAGACUUUCUGCCCAGAGAAUGCUUAAAGAGGUUGAGAACAAGUUCAAAUCCCAGAAGACCAGAGCUGACCACCCGAAGCGUGCGCCCAAGCUAUCCGAGCAAAAGUUCAAGGCAGCCGCGCAAUCUGCGUAUGAUGCAGCCAUUGAGCUAGUUAGCUGGGCAGCCAAUGUGGAAACCGAUAGCCUCCGGCAGUACUACGAGGAAUCUGUUGAAAGUCUCUGGUUCUCAGAGGAAUCAACAGCUGAAGUCAUUGCCGACCACGAGGAGGAUGAAGAUGAAACCCUGCCUGAGGAAGAAGUUGCCCGAUCUUCGACAGAUGCAAGGUGUGGGGAGUAUGUAAUCAAGGAGAUCAGCGCCAUGAAGACCAAUGACCAAGCAGAUGAGCGUGGAGAUGAGGCUGAGUGUGGAGAUGAGGCAGCAAGUGCGGAGCCUGAUGCUGGCCGCGAGAUUGAUGUGGAUCUUCGUCGAGUUGAGGAGAGCGACAAAAAGGGCAUUCGUGAGUGGUUGGAUGCAGACAGUAGCGAUGGAAAUUCAAAAUUUCAAGGGCUGCCGAGAACCCUGGGAGCAGCUAUGUGGCUUGGAAUGUACAAGUAA